CUUUCCGGGCUGCAGCGGCGGGAGGGUCGGCCUGUCACCCUCCCUACCUCGGAAUGUCCCCUCGACCACGGGACGGGCGUGCGAUUGGGAGAGUCCGGAGCCCCCAUGGGCACCGAGACAGGCGGCUCAACCCUUAAUCUCCGAUGGAAACCCAGGCGAACCGGGGUCACGGACCUCGGGGCAUCUGCGUGCAGCCACCCGUGAAGAAUCUCCUUGCAUCUGUCAUGGGAGCUGACCCUCUCCACUUCCGCCUGUCAUCCCAGACCAGGAGGGGAGGGACCCGGGCGGAGCCCCGAGGAGCCCAGGGGAGGCGCCCUCCCGAGGCAGUACUGCCCAUGCUGACUACCCGGCCCUCCGGCUGCCGAUGUCAUGAGUAAUACCACAGUGCCCAAUGCCCCGCAGGCCAACAGCGACUCCAUGGUGGGCUAUGUGUUGGGGCCCUUCUUCCUCAUCACCCUGGUCGGGGUGGUGGUGGCUGUGGUGAUGUACAUCCAGAAGAGAAAACGGGUGGACCGGCUUCGCCAUCACCUGCUCCCCAUGUACAGCUACGACCCUGCCGAGGAGCUGCACGAAGCCGAGCAGGAGCUGCUCUCAGACGUGGGGGACCCCAAGGUGGUCCACGGCUGGCAGAGUGGCUACCAGCACAAGCGGAUGCCCUUGCUGGAUGUCAAGACGUGACCUGAGCCCUCUGACCCCGCCCCUCCCCGCAACCACGGGGUCCUGAUCAUCCAGGGCCCCGCAGUCUGCUGCUCCCCCAGCACCCUUCCCUCCAGCCCGGCUCCUAAGCCCCGCAGAGCCGCCAGCCUCCACGGACCCACCUCCUCACUCAGUCCUAGGCCUUCAGUCCUUUGUGGGGUGAGCCUACCUAUCACCCACUCCCAGGAACUAAUGAGGAUGUUUCUUCCUGGGGUAAAAGGGUGGCUGGAAUUAGCAGGUAGGGAUUUGCCCUCCCAGGCUUAGCUUUGGAGCGGUUCCCAUGGUGACAGGGCCUAAUGUAUAUUCAGUAUAUAUAUUUUGUAAAUAAAAUGUUUUGUGGCUA